ACAGAGUCUUAGAUACCCGAGCGCUCAACUUGGAAGUGAGGUGUCAUUUGGCAAUUGAUGAUCAUAUAAGUUCAUUUAGAACCAUAUCUACCGAUAAUUCUUAGACUGAUAUAUAAGUCUACAUCAUGAAUAAAGUACUCCAUACGAGUAAAGCUUAAUAAAGAAGUUUUCAUACGAAAUGGAGGAUAAAAACGAUGCUCAUAUGAAUCUUGAAACACUGUCUGAUGACCCGACUGACUUGCUUAAAAAAGACAGCUUGGAUUGUGGCACAAACGUGCAAAAUAUUCAGUAUCAUGAAAAUUCAGAUAUACUCAAAUCUGAUACUCCAACUCAAGAAAACACAAACCAUAUUGAACACAGUGGCACCAUUGAUUCUGUCGAAGCGAUGCCUAAUUCCACAAAAUCCUUAAGCAAUGACGAAGAUAAUAUUGAUAAAAAAGUUGAUAUCAAACGCACAAACCCUCCGUUCUACAAUGAUCCCAAAGUGAGCGUGACUGUUCACGUAGAAUCAAUAUGUGGUGUGUUGCUAGAAAUAUUUUUCGUCCCUGACAAAUUUACCGUCUCAGACAUUAGAAUAAUGCUCAUCAAAGACACUGGCAUAAAACAUGAAAACCUACUACUCCAGUACAAAGGUGAACUGGUAAACUCUGAUACUUCACUGAUUAAAUUGGCAGAAGAAAACAGACAAGUAAAUCUCUCAAUUUUGCUGAAAAAUGUUGAUGACUCACUAAAAUUGAAGUUAGGAUGCCGUGAAAUGGUCUAUACAUCCGGACUUACCAUUAAGAUUAUUGGCAAAAAGGUAAGAGUCACAAAAGAUCCCUACAGUCAGAAAAGUAUCAUGUCAGUAAAUAAGAAAAAUGGAACAGACAUAAGUGAAGAGCAUAUUCAUAUAGAUUGGUUACCAUAUGAUUAUCACAAACCAUUUCUUGGUGGCUACAGGAAUACAAUUACAAAUUACAGAUAUUAUAAUGCAUCCACACAAACAAAACCGACACCACGGAAAGUUAAGCAAGUCGUAAAAAUAUCAAGAGAUACACAAACAUACAAAAUGCGUCAUUUUGGAAACAUGACAGUAAAUCAUAUGUCUACACAGUUUUCAAAGCCGGGAUAUUUUGUGUCAAAUAGCAAAGAUAGAGUGAAAACUCCGGGACUAUAUGAAACAGCAGAUGAAUACCAUGCAAGGAUAUUAAAGAAAAUCAUUAUCAUUCAAAAGUAUAUACGUCGAUGGCUUGCAAAGAAAAGAGUAGCACAGUUAAAAAAGAUGAGAGAUGAUUAUAUUGCUUGGGAGGAAGCACAGGCUCAGGAAUAUAAAGAUGCAAUUGCAAAAAAAAUUGCACAUGAUUUUGAGCGCCGACUUCAUCCAAAAACUGCUGCUGAUUUUGAUAGACUGUAUAAUGCAUUAGAAGCAUGGAGAAGGGAAGAAGUUAAGAAAAUAAAAGUACAACAAUUAACAGAAGCAGAAAAAAAGGCAGCUUUAGCAUUAGUGUUGAAUGAAGAGGCAGAACUAAUCGCAGCUAUUACCAGACACCAAAUAUGCAUAAGUAACAAAAAUACGAAAAAAAUCCAAUCUCACUGUUUAAAAAAGGCCUCCAAACCACACCUAUGGACAUCUGCCAUUGAUGGGAGAAUGAUUGAAGUAGCAACAGCUGAGACAAUUCGUGCAAAGGAACUACUCGAUAUAUAUGAAACUCUAAGUUUGGAAAAUGUAACACAAAAUGAAAGGCUAGACAUACUUCUGACACUAAAACAAACUAUUAGCCCAUACAAUAUGAAAAUUACUAAGGAGAUAGCUGGAUUAGUUGACCGGGAGGCAGAAUUGAUAAUGCGUGGUGUUCCCUGUAAAUACUUAUCUGGACUAAGACAGAGAAUUUGCAAUAGAUUCAUUCAAUUUGCCAAGUUACCUCAAGUUAAUCCAGAAGUAGGUAAGUACCUUGUAGUACCUAGAAGCGCAGAAGGUGUACCAUUGUUAAUAGAAGAUACUCAAUACUGUGUAUCAUGUGGACGAUACCUUAACAAAACAAUGUUUCCACUCAACGCACGAGCAACUAGUUUACCCCCAUGUGAGGCAUGCAGACGGACUAAUAACCGAGGAUGUAACAGAUUAGAUCUGGAGCCAUAUCAAUAUAUAUUAAUCGAACUACAACAAAAUGAAACCAGGUUGGUUGCAAAAAUGAAAAAAGUGGCAAUUGAAAAUGCUAGAGAGGCAGAACUACAAAGAUUAGAACGGGGUGAAUCCCCACAACCCGAAACAGAUGCUAUUAUUAAUGGAGAGAAUGAUAAUACUCUUUCCAUAAACCCACUCCCGUUCUUGAUAAACAAAGAGGAUAUAAGAUUUUUAAUCGAUCAAAUUUGGGAAAGUCGAUCAGUUCUUUCUGGUUGGACAAAUUUACUUGAUUUGACACUAACUCGAUGGAACAUUAAUGAACCAUGGUCACCAUGGAAUACUAUAGUUGUAACUAGAGAAGAAGCUGAAAUUCAUGCAAAUCUAAGUAAACUGAAAACAGAGGAUAUUUACGCAGAUCCUUUGAUCAAUUUGGUAAACCAAAGGCUCAUAAUGGGUAAAAAUGAGUUUCACAGAUUAUAUCACAAUGGCCUUGAAAUGUCUAAGGAACUGCUGAUAAACAACAAACACAUACAGAACCCGGAGAAUACUUCACUAUGGCCCAAACAGAAGCGUCAAGAAUUACCACCAUUAACAGCUGUUCCACAGACACAGUUAACAAAAUCACAUGAACCCACAUAUCAACCACCAGAUGUUGCAUUACCAGCUAUCAUUGGCGAGCAGAGAUGAAGUUCUCUAACAAAAGGUAACACACAAUGUAACCAGUGUUAUCUAAAAAAUAUUAAAUACAAUAGAACAACUAAUUGACAAGUAAUGCAGAUAAACCACCUUAUCAUUUGGAUAUAUUUACGUAUUACUUACUUAACGAUUUAAACAGAAGAAGGAAAAUAGUGCUGAUAAAAAGUCAUCCAUUUUCUGUUAAUUAAAUAAAAUUAAUUACCAUUAUC